UUUCUUCAUACGCCUAGGACCCUCUUCACCCACCGUAGACAGAGUGGGACUCGUGCCGAAGUUAAAGCGAGUUGAGGAAGUACAGCGUUCGCUCCGCGUGUGGGUCUGGGGAGCAGGUCAGGUUCAAGAACUGAAAACAUAAGAACAUAAAUCUGUGCACAGUGCUAUUAUCCAGUGUCUUUGGAAAUAAUGGCAAGUUUCUGCCUCAGACGCUGUUCCUUCUAAGACACCCAGAGAAAAGUCACCCUGUCACCCUCUGCCAGCUCAGUUCAAGGUUGCAAUGAAAACCUCUUUUCCCACCCAAGGAAUCAUAAACGCUGGUUAAUUUGAAGAAACUGCAGCGCUGGAAGAAGCUCAGAAAACCUAGUAGAAGUUACUGUUGUGAAGGACAUUUACAUUUUUCACAGGCGGGCACCCAAUUCACUGAGCCACACCAGCCAGGUCUGAUACUAAAACUUUUUAACUGAAAGAUUGGACAUUUCUGAUAAGGACUCUAAGAGCUAUUGAAUCAUGUGAAACUGAUUCAGCAUUUCUGGGGACACACCUGACUGAAAACAGAGAUCUGAACAGAAAUUUAGAGCAGACCUAGAACACAACAAGACAGAACCUCCCUAUUGCCAGCUCUUUCCAGAGAACAGAAGAAAAUGCUUCAGGCUCAGCACAUCAUGCCAUUGAACAGCACAGUGCUGUUACAGGAAUCCCUGACAUUUUAUGACGUGGCUGUGGACUUCACUUGGGAGGAGUGGCAGCUCCUGGACCCCAAUCAGAAGGACCUGUACAGGGAUGUGAUGUUGGAGAACUACAGCAACCUGGUGUCAGUGGGGUAUCAAGCCAGCAAACCAGACGCACUGUCCGGGUUGGAACAAGGGGAAGAGCUGAGAGCAGUACAGGAUGAACUGCACCAUGUAGUCUGCCCAGAACUCAGGAGAGUUGACGAUCCUCUUCAGUGUCACUUGCAAAGUCAAAGCAUUCAGAAGAGUGUGGAACAAUGCCUUGAACAUAACAUGUUUGCAAAUAUUGUUAAUCAGGGCGAAGGUCAUUUCAUACUAAAGCAAAACUGCAAUAUGAUUAAGAUAAAUGAAAAACCUUUAAAGUCAAAUUUAAGUAUUAAAAACCUAAACAGAAGCUGUAAGUUAAAGAACUCUGCUGAGUUGGAUGGAGGUGGGACAUCCAUUCUGCAGGCUAACCAUGAACAAUUUUAUACUGAAAUCACCUUGCCUGUCAGUACUGAACCCAUCAAUAAUAAGUCCCAGCAACAGAGAACUCACAAUGUAGAGAAAGCCCAUUUAUGCAUUCAGUGUGGGAAAGGCUUCAUCAAGAUGUCUGAGCUCACUGAUCAUCAGAGUUUUCAUACUAGAAAGAAAGCUCAUGAGUGCAGUCUGUGUGGAAAAGCCUUCUACAGAAGAUCGAGUCUCAGCAAACAUCAGAGAAUUCAUACAGGUCUAAAACAGUAUAAAUGCUCUGAAUGUAACAAAACCUUCCUCAAAAUAUCACAGUUCAAUAUACACCGAAAAACUCACAGGAAAGAAAAACGUUAUGUGUGUACUGAAUGUGGGAAAGCAUACACCAAAAACUCUCUGCUCCUCAGUCAUCAGCGAACUCAUACAGGAGAGAAACCCUAUGGAUGUAGUCUAUGUGGGAAGAACUUUUAUAGAAAGACUUAUCUCAAAAAACAUGAGAAAACUCAUACAGGAGAGAAACCCUAUGGAUGUAGUCUAUGUGGGAAAACUUUCUGUAGUAAGACUAAUCUGAAAGCACAUGAGAAAACUCAUACAGGAGAGAAACCUUAUAGAUGCAGUGAAUGUGGAAAAGGCUUCAUCAAGAAGAGCUAUCUUACUGUACAUCAUCGUACUCAUACAGGAGAGAAACCCUAUGGAUGUAGCCUAUGUGGGAAGACCUUCUAUAGAAAGACUUACCUCAAAAAACAUGAGAAAACUCAUGCAGUAGAGAAACCCUAUGGAUGUAGUCUAUGUGGGAAGACCUUCUAUAUGAAGACUUAUCUCAAAAAACAUGAGAAAACUCAUACAGGAGAGAAACCCUAUGGAUGUAGUCUAUGUGGGAAGACUUUCUGUAGUAAGACUAAUCUGAAAGCACAUGAGAAAACUCAUACAGGAGAGAAACCUUAUAGAUGCAAUGAAUGUGGAAAAGGCUUUGUCAAGAAGAGCUACCUUAUUGUACAUCAUCGUACUCAUACUGGAGAGAAACCCUUUGUAUGCAGUGAAUGUGGUAAGACCUUCCAUAGAAAGACAAUUCUCACUGUACAUCAGAGAACUCAUACAAGACUAAAUCAGUAUGAAUGCACUGAAUGUGACAAAACCUUCCUCAAAAUCUCACAGUUCAAUAUACACCAGAAAACUCACAAGAAAGAGAAACCUUAUGUGUGUACUGAAUGUGGAAAAGCAUACCUCAAAAACUCUCUGCUCAUCGGUCAUCAGCGAACUCAUACAGGAGAGAAACCCUAUGGAUGUAGUCUAUGUGGGAAGACCUUCUAUAUGAAGACUCAUCUCAAAAAACAUGAGAAGACUCAUACAGGAGAGAAACCUUAUAAAUGCAAUGAAUGUGGAAAGGGUUUCUCACAGAAGAACAGGUUGAUUGUACACCAACGGACUCAUACAGGAGAGAAACCCUAUACAUGCAGCGAAUGUGGAAAAGGCUUCAUUGACAAGAGUUAUCUUAUUGUACAUCGUCGUGUGCAUACUGGAGAGAAACCCUUUAUGUGCAGUGAAUGUGGUAAGACCUUCCAUAGAAAGACAAGUCUCGCUGCACAUCAGAGAAUCCAUACAAGACUAAAUCAGUAUGAAUGCACUGAAUGUGAUAAAACCUUCCUUAAAAUAUCACAGUUCAAUAUACACCAGAAAACUCACAAGAAAGAGAAACGUUACGUGUGUACUGAAUGUGGGAAAGCAUACAUCAAAAACUCUCUGCUCCUCAGUCAUCAGCGAACUCAUACAGGAGAGAAACCCUAUGGUUGUAGUCUAUGUGGGAAGACCUUCUAUAUGAAGACUCAUCUCAAAACACAUGAGAAAACUCAUACAGGAGAGAAACCUUAUAAAUGCAAUGAAUGUGGAAAGGGUUUCUCACAGAAGAACAGGUUGAUUAUACACCAGUGGACCCACACAGGAGAGAAACCCUAUAGAUGCAGUGAAUGUGGAAAAGGCUUCAUUGACAAAAGUUAUCUUAUUGUACAUCGUCGUAUGCAUACUGGAGAGAAACCCUUUAUGUGCAGUGAAUGUGGUAAGACCUUCCAUAGAAGGGUAAAUCUCACUGUACAUCAGAGAAUUCAUAUAGGUCUAAAACAGUAUAAAUGCUCUGAAUGUAACAAAACCUUCCUCAAAAUAUCACAGUUCAAUAUACAUCGGAAAACUCACAAGAAAGAGAAACGUUAUGUGUGUACUGAAUGUGGGAAAGCAUACCUCAAAAACUUUUUGCUCAUCGGUCAUCAGCGAACUCAUACGGGAGAGAAACCCUAUGGAUGUAGUCUAUGUGGGAAGACCUUCUAUAUGAAGACUUAUCUCAAAAGACAUGAGAAAACUCAUACAGGAGAGAAACCCUAUGGAUGUAGUCGAUGUGGGAAGACUUUCUGUAGUAAGACUAAUCUGAAAGCACAUGAGAAAACUCAUACAGGAGAGAAACCUUAUACAUGCAGUGAAUGUGGAAAGGGUUUCUCACAGAAGAAUGGGUUAAUUGUACAUCAAUGGACUCAUACAGGAGAGAAACCUUAUAGAUGCAAUGAAUGUGGAAAGGGUUUCUCACAGAAGAACAGGUUGGUUGUACAUCAGUGGACUCAUACAGGAGAGAAACCUUAUAGAUGCAGUGAAUGUGGAAAAGGCUUUGUCGAGAAGAGCUGUUUUAUUGUACAUCAUCGUACUCAUACCGGAGAGAAACACUCUGUAUGCAGUGAACGUCGUAAGACCUUCCAUAGAAAGACAAUUAUCACUGCACAUCAGAAAAUUCAUACAGGAGAGAAGCCCCAUGGAUGCAGUCUACGCAGGAAAGGCUUUGGUAAAAAGUCUACCCUCAAAAUACAUGGGGAAACUCAUACAGGAGAGAAACCUUUUUUAAUGCAGUGAAUAUGGGAAAGCUUUCUCAGUGAAGUUCUGUCUCAUCAGACAUCAGCAAAUUCACACUGGAGAGAAGCCCUAUGUGUAGUAUUUGUGGAAAAGGUUUAACCUCAUGUCAGCUUGAAGCAUGAUCUCACUGUACAUCACCAAAGUCACAUGUCAGAAAAAACGUGUAUGUAAUGAAUGUGGGAAAGGCUUCACUGCAAAGAAUCAUCUAAUUGUCCAUCAAUAAAUUUACAAGGAGAGAAACCCAUCUAUGCACUGAAUGUGCAUAAGGCUUUUGGGUGAAAAUGCAGCUGAUUGUACAUGACCAGACAUACAGAAACCUUGUAUAAAUAAUGAAUGUGGGGGAAGAUUGACAGCUAAGUGUAAUCUCAUCAGACAUCAGGUAAAACAUGGGAGAGAAGCCCUAUGUAUGCAGUGUGUGUAGAAAAGGCUUUACCAUCAACUAAUCUCAGUGAACUCAAAAUUGAGAAAAGCAUGUAUAUGCAAUGAAUGUGGGAAAGGCUUCACCAUGAAGAAUCACUUAUUUUUUUUUAGUGAGUUUUAAUUGCAUUUGUUCCAUUACCAUUUAGUUCCCUUAUACCUCCCUUCCCCCACCAAUCAGCACACUGUUGUUCAUGUCAGUGAAUCCUUUCUUCCUCAGUACCUCCACCCACUACACUCCCCACUUAGCUGCCAUCCUUUCUAUGAGUUUGCCUCUAUUUUGGUUUUUUUUUUUUUUUAGUUCCUUUCUACAUAUGAGUGAAAUCAUAUGGUAUUUGUCUUUCUCUGACUAGCUUAUUUCACUUAGGAUAUUGAUCUCCAGGUCCAUUCAUUCUGUUGCAAAGAGGUAAAACUUUUAUGGCCAAGUAGUAUUCUCUUGUGUAAAUUUCCCAUAGUUAUUUUAGCUACUCAUCUACUGUUGGACACUUGGGCUACUUCCAUGUCUUGGUUAUUGUAAACAACAUGCAAUGAACAUAGCGAUGCUUAUGUUCUUUUGAAUUAAUGUUUUGGGUUCCUUUCGAUAUAUUCCCAGAAAUGGGAUCACAGGGUCAAAAUGCAGAUGCAUUUUUCAUUUUUUGAGGUAUCUCCAUACUGCUUUUCACAGUGGCUGCAUCAAUCUAAAUUCCCACCAAUAGUGUGAAAGGAUUCCCUUUUGUCCACAUCCUCACCAGCACUUAUUUGUUGAUUUAUUUUUUAAAAUAUUUAUUUACUUUUAGAGAGAGGAAGAAAAAUGGAACCAUCAGUGUGUGAGAGAUACAUUGCUCAGCUGCCUCUCACAUGCCCCAAACUGGGGAUUUGGCCCACAACCCAGGCAUGUGUCCUGUCUGGGAAUCAAACCAGCGACUUUUUGGUUUACAGGCCAGCACUGAAUCCACUGAGCCACACUAGGCAGGGCAUGUGUUGAUUUAUUGAUAAGAGCAGUUCUUGCAGGUUUGAGAUGAUAUCCCAUUACAAUUUUAAUUUGCAUUUCUCUGAUGAUUACUGACAUUGAGCAUCUUUUCAUGUGUCUGUGUAUUGGCCAUCUGUAUGCCCUCUUUGGAGAACUGCCUACUCAGGUUCUUUGCCUAUUUUUUAACUGUUGUAUUUUUGCUGUUGAGUUUUGUAAGUUCUUUAUAAAUUUUGGAUAUUAACCCCAUAUGAUAUAUUAGCAAAUGUAUUCUUCCACUCUGUGUGUUGUCUUUUUAUUUUGAUGUAGUCCCAUUUGUUUAUUCUUUCUUUUGUUUCCCUAGCCUGGGGAGAUAUAUGUGAUAAAAUAUUGCUAAAUCCCAAGAUUUUGCUGCAUAUGUUUUCUUCUACUCUUUUUAUGGUUGGGGGUCUACCAUUUAAAUCCUUAAUCCAUUUUGAAUUUAUUCUUGUGUGUCAUGUGAGAAGAUGGUAUAGUUUAAUUUUUUUGCAUGUAUCUGUCCAAUUUUCCCAACACCACUUAUUGAAUAAACUACCUUUAGACCAUUUUAUGUGCUUGCUUCCUCUAUCAAUUAUUAAUUGACUAUAAAGGUGUGGGCUUAUUUGGGGGGUUUCCAUUGUAUUCCAUUGAUCUAUGUGUCUGUUUUUGUGCCAGUAUCAUGCUGUUCUGAUUACUAUGACCUAAUAGCAUAGUUUGAUAUUAGGUAGUGUGAUUCCUCCAACUUUGUUCUUUCUCAUGAUCAUUGUGGGGCCUUUUGUGGCUCCAUAUAAUUUUGUUG